UGUCCUGAGCAAAUGGAUGGUCAACCUGCUGAUGCACAUGGUGCCGGAACACACCUGUCCUGAUACUAUCCCUUUGAGUGACACUGAAAUGUCAAUGCAAGCCCAGCGCAAGAUACUGAAUAUUGUGAAUCUUGAAAAAGAAGUAAUGGGUCUGGCUACUCAGAUGAGCCGGUUUUCCUCUUAUCUAAUCAGUUGCUGCAAAGAUAUGGUUUCAGCUACAACACGUAAGAAACUUGCUGCUUCUGACCCCGAGGCAGAAUACGAAUUGCAACAGUUAGAGAAGAUCAAGACAGAGUGCCUGGAUUGGAUUGAGACAUGCAACCUUCUUUUGUCUGGAAUGAAGACAUCUCCCACCAAGUUAAUUGACCAAAAGGAGCUUAUACAUUACUUUGGAUCAGAGGUUUUUCAACCAAAACGAAAACUUCCCCCUCAUCCAGAGCCUACCCUCGAGAUCACUUCUUCCACUCACGCAGCAGAAAUUCCUCACGAAGUCAAGAAAACGGAGGAAGUAGGUUCUGAGCAAAGUCCAGAAAAGCAGCCCAUAUUGGAAAUACAGGGACAGCCAUCGGUACCUAGUACUAGCAGUGGAAUUGAAGACGAAAGCCCUGAGAUUGAUUAUCAGAUGAGAUACAUUGCCCAUGACGAUAACGUGUAUUGCAAAACCUUGACCGCCGAAAAAAUUUCAGUUUCAGGGAGAGAAUUGUAUGCCAGCCAGCCAACCACUGAGUUCUCUAAAAAGGAAUUUCAGAUACUAGCUUCACUAGAAAUUCUGGAGGAACGGCUCAUAGAUGCUGAAAAACGAGCUCAGGAAGCUGAGGAAAAGUCAGAAGCCCUUCAUGAGGAGUUGGAAGAAGCUCUGAAAAAACUCCAGGAUUUAGAAGAUGAGGAACCAGAGUUUAAAGAUUUUGGCAAAAAAGAAAAAUCUCGAAGAGAUACUUCUCAAAAGAAAUCGUCUGAUAAAGCUGGUCAUUCUAAACCACCCACUCCUCGACCUAAGAAAUCACCCAAGCCCAAGCGCUGAAGAAGAGGGAGGCCGCAAGAAAUCCUUUGGCUCCUGAUUCUUGUUCUAGUAAUUUUACUCGCCGCAGCCUGAGCACUGCCUAUCCCUGAAAUACAAAAUUACAAUU